AUGGAAUUCGAUCCUAAGACCCCCCAAUACCUCACCUCCGACAACUCGAGCUUCGCCUCGAUCUCGGCCAAUGAGCGGUGGCCUGUCAUCAUCACUGGUGCCAUUGAUGACCUCCACCGCACCGUUGUAGGCAUCGAUGACGGCGAGAAGGCAAAUGAAGGCAAAAGUAUUAUUGCCAACUUGGCCAAGUUGAAGUAUGAGCUUCAACAUAACCGACAACUCACUCCCCUGGAUGAUGACGGACAUCCAGAUAUCGCCUCGUAUAACAAGGAGCUGGAGGAGCGCGGAAACCCCCAAUGGCACGAUGUGGCCUGGCUCUACUCAGAGUGUUACCUUUACCGCCGCAUGGAAGCCCUCUUCGCAUUGUCUAAACAUUGGAAGGGCUAUGACGUAUUCGCCCGCCAGAAGAUGGAUACAUUCAAGUCGUCCCGUCCCGCCGUACUAGAACUCGCAGCGAGAUAUCGUGAAUUAGCGACAGAGGCAGAGUCGGGAAAAGCAAGAGAAAAAAAGUCGCCCGAAGAGAUCGAGGAGGCAGAGAGGCUUCUCUUCUCAGAGAUGUGCGAGAUCUGCUUGUGGGGUAAUGCCACCGAUCUGUCACUUCUGACAUCUCUCACCUACGAGGACAUCCAAAAACUACAGGGCUCCGAGGCGCGCAAGGCGUCGCAGAAGAAUAUCAUUGUCAACGACCUCGAUGCUGCUUUCGAGGCGAUGCAAAAGGCGCGGAGAGAGAAGAAGGACGGCGAGCGCCGCGUCGACAUCGUCCUAGACAACUCCGGAUUUGAGUUAUUCGUUGACCUAAUUCUCGCUGGAUACUUGCUGUCUGUCGGACUGGCGACUAGCGUCGUGCUCCACCCCAAGCGCAUGCCAUGGUUCGUGUCAGAUGUCACGCCGAAGGAUUUCUCCGAUCUGCUCAACUGCAUGGUCGACCCGCAGGCCUUUUACACAGCGGCCGUUUCAAACGUGCAAUUCCUCUUUGAGCAGUGGAGCCAGUUCCACCAGGAUGGUAAGCUGAUCCUGCGCCCGCACGCUUUCUGGACAACCCCAGGCGGUUUCUGGCGCAUGCCGUAUGUGGCACCGGAGUUGUUCGAAGAUUUGAAGGAGAGUGAGCUUGUUUUAUUCAAGGGCGACUUGAACUAUCGGAAGUUGGUCAAUGAUGCUCAAUGGGACCCCACCACUCUUUUCACGGAAGCCAUUGGCCCGCUUGGCCCCAAGUCCGGGAUCCGUGUUCUAGCCUUCCGUACUUGCAAGGCUGAUCCCGUUGUUGGUCUCCCCGCUGGUGAGGACGAGAAGCUCCGCGCUUUGCCUGGGGGCGGUGGCUCUGAGUCUCGCAAGUGGGCCUGGGGCGGGAAAUGGGCCGUCGUGUCGCUUUCUGAUGGCAAGGCCUGA